AACGGUUGUGUUCAGGCUUGAAACGCGGCCUAAGUAGAAUCGGUAAGGAAUCGCCCGGGAGAGGAGCCAUCGGGAACGGAAGGGCGGCGGGAGCGGAAGUUAGGGACGGAAAUUUCCUUCCGGCGUUGCGAUUUUUGUUGGGAACGACGGAAUAAAGUCUGCUGUCGGCGGUGUGGUCAUCAGCAUGGCUGUCCCAGAGUCCAGGCCCAACCAUACGAUCUACAUUAACAACCUCAAUGAGAAGAUCAAGAAAGAUGAACUGAAGAAGUCCCUCUACGCCAUUUUCUCCCAGUUUGGCCAGAUCCUGGACAUCCUGGUGUCCCACAGCAUGAAGAUGCGGGGCCAGGCCUUUGUCAUCUUCAAGGAAGUCAGCAGUGCCACCAACGCCCUGCGCUCCAUGCAAGGCUUCCCCUUUUACGACAAGCCCAUGAGGAUCCAGUAUGCCAAAACAGACUCUGACAUCAUAGCCAAGAUGAAGGGUACAUAUGUGGAGCGGGACCGCAAACGAGAGAAGCGAAAGCCCAAGGGUCAGGAGGCACCAGCUGUCAAAAAGCAGAUCCCAGGAGCGGCAGCACCAGUGGCCCCUGCCGUCCAAGGCGCUGUACCUGGCAUGCCACCUAUGAACCAAGCCCCACGCAUGAUGCAUCACAUGCCAGGCCAGCCCCCCUACAUGCCUCCUCCGGGGAUGAUGCCCCCACCUGGGAUGGCUCCAGGGUCCAUGCCUCCUGGUGCAAUGCCACCGCAGCAGAUGUUACCUGGGCAGAUGGCUCCAGCUCAGCCACUGUCAGAGAAUCCUCCCAAUCACAUCUUGUUCCUCACCAACCUGCCUGAGGAGACCAACGAACUGAUGCUAUCCAUGCUUUUCAACCAGUUCCCAGGCUUCAAGGAAGUGCGACUGGUGCCAGGCCGCCAUGACAUUGCCUUUGUAGAGUUUGAUAAUGAAGUGCAGGCUGGAGCUGCCCGGGACGCCCUCCAAGGUUUCAAGAUCACACAGAACAAUGCCAUGAAGAUCUCUUUUGCAAAGAAAUGAUGCCUCCCUUGGCCUUCUGUCCAUGUAAUACUUAUCCCCUCUGUUUUAGUUAAUGUUUGUAAAAUAGUGUUUGGUUGUCUGGGUUGUUUCUCCCAUGUUCUGCUCUGUGAGGUAAGUGCAGAGGUGUGUGUGUAUUUGUGCAUGUGAGUGAGUAAGACAGAGAAUGUGUGUGUGUGUAUUAAAGAGCCCAGUUGUAGGAAGAUCCUGGUACAGACUGCUUGCUUGCAACUCUUGAUGACAGAGAAUCAGAUGUGUGCCUGAGUGUGUGUGCACAGUUGGAUUGACAGCAGCCGAUUCUUUGUAAAAAGCAUUGCACCCAGGGUCUGACGGCCGGACAUUGCACCUGGAGCUUUUCUGUUUUGCAAUAAAAAACAUAGGUUUA